AUGGCUCUUUUCCACCUCGCUCAAUCCCGAACUUGUUUGCCUGCGUACCAAGCGACAACAACUUAUGUGGGUUGCUAUCAUGAUCCGAAUUCGCCUCGUGAUCUCGCAGGGCCAUUUUUGACUGUAAACAAUCUCAAUUCACCCCAAUAUUGUGCCAACCUAUGCGGUGCUGCUGGUUAUCAAUAUGCUGGAGUUGAAUUCACCAUCCAAUGCUUCUGUGGCCACCGCAUUGAAAGCACUUCCGUCAAAGCUGACGAGAGCCAAUGCACUUCGCCAUGCCCUGCGGACCCUAGCAAGAUUUGCGGAGGCGGCAACAUGAUCAACAUUUACCAAGUCACUAAUCCAUCGUCAAACCCUCCCUUGACGCCUUCAUUCCCUGACUGCACUCGCGACCCCCUUUGCAGCAAUGAUGUCUGUGACACCACCAAGAGCAUUGCCCAAAGAGCCGCCGCCAUUGUUCAGCCCAUGACGCUGAAUGAGAAGGUCUCAAAUGUAGGCAGUUCUGCUUCUGGCAGUGGACGACUCGGUUUGCCAGCAUACCAAUGGCAGAAUGAAGCACUCCACGGCGUCGCUGGCAGCACCGGUGUGCAAUUCCAGUCGCCCCUUGGAGCCAACUUCAGCGCAGCGACCAGUUUCCCCAUGCCUAUUCUUCUCUCUGCCGCAUUUGACGAUGCUCUUGUCCAGAGCGUAGCCACUGCUAUCAGCACUGAGGCUCGUGCGUUUGCCAACUAUGGAUUUGCUGGAUUGGACUUUUGGACGCCCAACAUCAACCCAUUCCGUGAUCCCCGCUGGGGUCGAGGCAUGGAGACUCCUGGAGAGGAUGCAUUCCGUAUCUCGGGUUACGUACUGGCUUUGGUCAAUGGUCUUCAGGGCGGAAUUGAUCCCGAUUACUUCAGAACUAUCUCAACAUGCAAGCACUUUGCUGCUUACGAUAUCGAGAACGGUCGCACUGGGAAUAAUCUUACGCCUACCCAGCAGGAUAUGGCUGAUUACUAUCUUCCAAUGUUCGAGACCUGCGUUCGCGACGCAAAGGUCGGAUCCAUCAUGUGCGCCUACAAUGCGGUUGAUGGCGUGCCAGCUUGUGCAGAUAGCUAUCUCCUCCAAUCUGUGCUUCGCGAUGGCUACAACUUUACCGAAGACUUCAACUACGUUGUCUCUGACUGCGACGCUGUCGAGAACGUUUUUGAUCCCCACCAUUAUGCCGCCAACUUGACUCAAGCUGCUGCCAUGUCUCUAAAUGCAGGCACUGAUCUUGACUGUGGCAGCUCUUAUAACGUCUUGAACGCCUCGGUGCAGGCUGGUAUGACAACAGAGGCUACUCUGGACAAAUCAUUGAUCCGAUUGUACUCUGCACUCGUCAAGGUCGGAUGGUUCGAUCAGCCCGCAGAGUAUAGCUCUCUUGGCUGGGGCAAUGUCAACACCACACAGACACGAACCCUUGCGCAUGAUGCCGCCACUGGAGGAAUGACCCUGUUGAAGAACGAUGGCACUCUCCCUCUUUCGCCCACUCUCCAGAAUGUCGCAGUCAUUGGUCCGUGGGUUAAUGCCACCACCCAGUUGCAAGGCAACUACGCUGGUACAGCACCGGUACUGGUGAACCCCCUGACAGUCUUCCAGUCAAGGUGGCGCAAUGUCAAGUACGCACAGGGAACCGCCAUCAACUCUCAAGACACUAGCGGAUUCAAUGCUGCUCUCUCUGCCGCAAGCUCUUCGGAUGUCAUCGUUUAUCUCGGAGGAAUUGAUAUCUCUGUGGAGAAUGAAGGCUUUGACCGGAGCGCAAUCACCUGGCCCGGAAACCAAUUGGACUUGAUCUCUCAACUGGCUAACCUUGGCAAGCCCUUGGUUAUCGUGCAGUUCGGAGGUGGCCAGAUUGACGACAGUGCUUUGCUGAGCAACUCCAAGGUUAACUCCAUCUUGUGGGCUGGAUACCCUGGCCAAGAAGGUGGCAAUGCUCUCUUUGACGUCCUUACCGGUGCAAGCCCACCAGCUGGCAGACUUCCCAUCACUCAAUACCCUGCCAACUAUAUCAACAACAACAACAUCCAAGACAUGAACCUUCGACCAUCCGGAAGCAUUCCUGGACGUACAUACGCAUGGUACACUGGCACUCCUGUCCUUCCUUUCGGUUAUGGAUUGCAUUACACCAACUUCUCCGUGUCAUUGGGAUCCACGAAGACUGCUGGCACUGAUGUCGCCACUAUUGUCAACAACGCCGGAUCAAACAAGGACAGAGCAACAUUCGCAACCAUCGUCGUAAACGUCAAGAACACCGGUGGCAAAGCAAACCUAGCAUCUGACUACGUCGGCCUGUUGUUCCUGAAAUCCACGAAUGCAGGCCCCGCGCCUCACCCGAACAAGCAGUUGGCCGCAUACGGACGUGUCAAGAAGGUGGGCGUUGGUGCAACCUCACAGCUUACUUUGACGGUGCCCCUUGGAGCACUUGCUCGUGCAGAUACCAACGGUGAUAGAUGGGUCUACCCCGGUGCCUAUACCCUGACUCUGGAUGUCAACGGGCCGGUGACGUUCAAUUUCACUUUGACUGGUUCAGCAACAAAGAUUGGCACUUUGCCAAGAAGAUCUUGA